UAAAUUAAGUUCCAAAUACCAAAAAAUGAUUUAGAAAGUUGAUUUGGCUUGACGGUCCAAAAGUAAACACUAUAGUCUAUAGACAUAAGUAGUACAUGAUUGCAGUUAAAAGCUUCACAUAAUUUUGGAAACUGUGUUACCAAAACUCAUUUCUUCCUUUCACUCUCCUCUCCCAUCCCAAACACAACACUCACAAUCUUCAUAUUUACACUCUUCAACAGAGAAGAAGAAGAAGAUUCCACAAUAUGGGAAAAGCAACACGCUGGUUUCGCGGUUUACUCGGUCUCAAAAAAUCAGAACACAACUCUUCUUCUGAUCACAAACCACCUAAGGAAAAACGACGAUGGAGUUUCGUCAAAUCAUACAGAGAAGAUCAACACAACAGCCACGUCACCGUUGAAACAGAAAAUGUCCAAAACAACAACAACAAACAAGCCAUCGCUGUCGCUGCUGCCACCGCUGCAGCGGCGGAAGCCGCCGUAGCCGCUGCUCAAGCUGCUGCCGCUGUCGUCAGAUUCAAUUACAGCAGUAACGGAAUCGUCAGGAUACGUGAACAAUGGGCGGCCGUUAAGAUCCAAUCCGCUUUUCGAGGAAGUUUGGCGAGGAAGGCGCUCAGAGCAUUAAGAGGGCUGGUGAAGCUCCAGGCAUUGGUGAGAGGUCACAUUGAGCGGAAACGAACAGCAGAGUGGCUCAAAAAAAUGCAAUCACUUUUACGGGCACAGGCACGAUAUAAUGCAGCGCGGACUCUGCAAACCUCACAUUCUAAUGUAAAAUCUUCUAUAUUCCACCUCCACGGUCCACCAACACCAGAAAAAUCUGAAGAAAGUCCUGUUAGAUCUAGGAGCAUGAAAUCUGAGCAUUCACCGGCACUCAAGAGAAACGGUUCCAAAUCAUGUCUCCCAAUCAGCGGCAAUUUAUCAGAGAAUCAGUUAGAUGAACAAUCAUGGAAUAGAGUAAGAUCACUGAUAAGAAAUUAUAGCAGGAGCGAUGAAAAACAUGAUAGGAUUGUUGAAAUUGAUCCAGGAAAACAACACAUGACUGUGAAACGUAGAAACCUCUUUCACUCCAUCAGCGAUACUGAUCAUUAUUAUUAUAGUCAAAAUUUGACCCCUACAAAAUCUCAUCAAUCUGGUGAAAGUCAAUCUUGUGAGGUUCAAUCUUAUUACAAUCCACUCAAACUCAACGAAGUUGAAGAGAGCUCAUUUUGCACCGCAAACGAUAGUCCUCAAUUUUUAUCCGCGACUUCAAAAGACGAUGGCUACAAAAGAAGCCCUUUUACUCCUACUAGAAGUGAUGGCUCAAGAAACUACCUUAAGGGCUAUUCUGAUUACCCAAGUUACAUGGCUUAUACAGAAUCAUCAAAAGCAAAAGUUAGAUCCUUGAGUGCACCAAAACAAAGGCCUCAAUUUGAGAAAUCUGGUUCAUCUAAUAGGUACUCACUGAAUGGACAUGACAUGGCUAGAUUGGCUACAAUGAGAACAUCUGCAUUGCAAACAAGCUUCACUAGUAAAGGCUAUCCUGGUUCUGGUCGUUUGGAUAAGCUUGGAAUGCCUGUGGGGUAUAGAUGAUUUUAAUGUUAAUGCUAAUGUUAAUUUCUGUUAAAAGGGUAUUAUUAUCUUUAUUUUGAGUGUUGUUUAAGGCUUAACAUUUACAGUACUAUCUUGCUAACUAAUUGGUUGUACUUGGUUGGGUUAUGAAACUUCAUCUUUGUGUCAGCAUUAGAAAACUCUAACCAUAUUUUAGUAUUUAAUAUAUAUUUAAAGAAUGAAAUUACUUUAGUUCA